AUGGACCAUACUUUCAAAGAAGGUUACAUAAAAGCAUGGAAUUAUAUGGAAAAAGAAAUUGGAAAAAAUGAAAAUUUUUGGAGAGUAACUACAGAAAUAUUUUCAUGGGCAAUGAAAGAAUUAUCAACAAAAGAAGAUUCUUUAAUUUUACCAUUAAUCCUUCAAUUAAUACAAACAUUUCGUAAUGUCAUUGCUCAAAUACAAGAAAAUCAAAAUCAAGCAUUUAAACAUGAAUGGAAUAAGAAAACCGAAGUUAUUUUAUGGCAUGUUUCUUCAAAAUUGAAACCUAACGGUGAACCUAAUGAAUUUCUUCUAAUUAUCAGAAGUGGGAUACAAGCAUUAUCAAACAUUAUAACAGUUAAUGAUUAUACUAAAAGAUUGAUUUUAUCAGAAUAUAUGAAUAGAAAUGAAUCAAGAGACCUUUUAAGUGAUAUUUUUAUGAAAUCAAAAAUAGGUAUGAAUUUGUUGAAAACUUUUUUGGAAAAAACAGAUUCUCUUUUUAAUUGUAAUAGUGGCGAACAAUUUGUGGAAAUAGUAUAUUCUAUGGUAUCAAAUUUAAUUAACUUUGGUUAUUAUCCAAUCAUGUUUGAUUAUUUAACGGAUUCAUCCAGUCAGAUUCCGUCAAAGAAUCAAUUAGUUUUAAUUAAGUUUCUUGAGGCAAUGUUUGACACAACAUCAACAAUUGUUUCAGAGAAUAUCAAAAUUACUGAAGAUGACGAUUCAACAACAAUAAAUAAUUUUUCAAUUAAUUCUUGUAUAUCUCUUGCGAAAUCAUUAAAUAAUAUAUCUCCAACAGUAAUAUCAAUUCUGAUAUAUAAAAAACCAACUUCAUCAUCACCACCAACAGUACCAGUAACAAGCAAACUUUAUGAUGAUGAUGGAAUAUCACAUUUAUUAAAUGUAUUGACUUUGAUUUUACAAUGUAUUGCGGCUUUAACUUGUAAAUGUGAUAAACAAUUACAUGAAUGUUUAUUUAAGGAAAAUGUUAUCGAAUGUUGUAUAAAUCUUUUAAAUCAAGCCGAUAAAUCUAUUCCACGUAUAACGAAAGCAGCAACAUCAAAUAAUGAUCAUUCAGAAUUACGAUCUUCACCUUCAUCGCCACGAUUAACAACAUCAUUGAAUCCAAAAAUAUUUAUGAAUAUUAAAAAAGAUUUAGUUAAUGUUAUAAGUUAUAUGUCUUAUGAUAACAUUAAAGUUCAAAAUAAAGUACGUAAAUUAGGUGGAAUACAAUUGAUCCUAAAUCAAUGCAACAUUGAUGACAAUAAUCCAUUUAUUCGUGAACAUUCUAUAUUUGCAAUUCGUAACCUUCUUCAUAAUAAUCUCGAGAAUCAAAAACUUGUUCAAGAAUUAUCACCAAUUGAAGUAAUGCAACAUCCUAUACUAUCAGACAUAGGAUUAUAUAAAUUUACUAAACAUGUUAAUGCUGAUUCUCUAAUAGGUAUGAAUUUGUUGAAAACUUUUUUGGAAAAAACAGAUUCUCUUUUUAAUUGUAAUAGUGGCGAACAAUUUGUGGAAAUAGUAUAUUCUAUGGUAUCAAAUUUAAUUAACUUUGGUUAUUAUCCAAUCAUGUUUGAUUAUUUAACGGAUUCAUCCAGUCAGAUUCCGUCAAAGAAUCAAUUAGUUUUAAUUAAGUUUCUUGAGGCAAUGUUUGACACAACAUCAACAAUUGUUUCAGAGAAUAUCAAAAUUACUGAAGAUGACGAUUCAACAACAAUAAAUAAUUUUUCAAUUAAUUCUUGUAUAUCUCUUGCGAAAUCAUUAAAUAAUAUAUCUCCAACAGUAAUAUCAAUUCUGAUAUAUAAAAAACCAACUUCAUCAUCACCACCAACAGUACCAGUAACAAGCAAACUUUAUGAUGAUGAUGGAAUAUCACAUUUAUUAAAUGUAUUGACUUUGAUUUUACAAUGUAUUGCGGCUUUAACUUGUAAAUGUGAUAAACAAUUACAUGAAUGUUUAUUUAAGGAAAAUGUUAUCGAAUGUUGUAUAAAUCUUUUAAAUCAAGCCGAUAAAUCUAUUCCACGUAUAACGAAAGCAGCAACAUCAAAUAAUGAUCAUUCAGAAUUACGAUCUUCACCUUCAUCGCCACGAUUAACAACAUCAUUGAAUCCAAAAAUAUUUAUGAAUAUUAAAAAAGAUUUAGUUAAUGUUAUAAGUUAUAUGUCUUAUGAUAACAUUAAAGUUCAAAAUAAAGUACGUAAAUUAGGUGGAAUACAAUUGAUCCUAAAUCAAUGCAACAUUGAUGACAAUAAUCCAUUUAUUCGUGAACAUUCUAUAUUUGCAAUUCGUAACCUUCUUCAUAAUAAUCUCGAGAAUCAAAAACUUGUUCAAGAAUUAUCACCAAUUGAAGUAAUGCAACAUCCUAUACUAUCAGACAUAGGAGAAUAUAUAUAUAAAGGUAUGAAUGAAGUUUGA